AUGCUUUUAUGUAACAUGAUGGAAUUGUUAAUAAAUGUUGUUGAAGUGAAGCGUUUACGUCACCGACUCAUGACACCGGAAUAUAUCAUCGAAUUUUCAGAUCUUCUUGACUCAAACAGUGAUGUAAGUUACAUGGCUACUGGCAUUCUUGCUCACAUUGCAUCUGAUGGUAUUGGAGCUUGGACAAUUGAAUCACCCACACGAGAAGAAGUUCUCGAUCGAAUGUUCCGAGCUGUUGAACGAUGGACUUUAGAAACAGAAAGAAAAAUUAGUUUUGGUUAUUGCAAAACCAUUCUCGGAUUGAUCAAAUGUAAUGAGUUCGAACGUCUUGUGAAAAUUCUUUUGGAUGGCGUUAGUGAAACCAAACAUUUUAAUGCAAUUUNAUAUCUGCAUUUAUUUAAUUUAUUAUGA